UGAGAGCACCCAGGGACAGUUACAGUGGCAGGGGGGGGGAUGGGUUACAAGUCAUGACUUGAUUGCAUGUCAUUUGCUGAUACAGAAAGAAAAGAAAGAUAGAGAGAAAGGGUACUGGCAGAGAAGAGAAGAGAAAGGACAGGGGUGGUGGUGAUGGUGAGAAAGAACGAAAGAAAAAAAGAAGGAAAGAAAGAAAGCGGGAUAUUGGGGGUGGGGGGCAUUGCAAAUUGGGAGGAGCCAUCCAUCUAUCUAUCCAUUCAUCCAUCCACAAAGCCCUCCUCCUACACAGCCCAGCCACAGUCCUAACACAGACACUCACUCACAGACACCCAGCCCGGCCUCGGCUUCAUUAGUCGGAGCAUGAUGAGUGAGUGAGUGUGUGAGUGCGUGAGUGCGUGAGUGAGACUCAUCGACUUAGUUUCUAACUAGCUUACUUACUUACUGGCUCAUUCACUAAUACAGACCAUACCAUAGCAUACCAUACAUCCCCCCCCCCCCCUUCUCUCCCCUUCUCUCUGUCUCAAUGUAAUCCUUGUGCUCCUCCUCCUCCUCUUUCUCGCUCGCUCGCUCACUCACUCGUGUGUCCCCCUCCUCCUCCUGGAAAAGCUUUGAACCCACCCUUGUCAUCACCCCCUACCAUCACCUGCCUGCACAUGAGAUGAGGGUUCCCUCUCUCUCCCUCUUCUCCAUCCACUUCCCCUCUCUCUCCUCCUCCCCUCAUUCCUUCGUGUGUGACUGCAGGUUUCACUAGAAAAAUGAUCCCAAUCCGUGACGGCGCGAACUGAUGAGAAAACCUCGCGUCUAGAUCCUCGUCACCACGACUCCCUCCCUGCUGCUGCUGUCAUUGUCUCGCUGCUCUUUCCUCCCAGUACUUGCAAACUAGAGCACUGCACUGACUGGUACGUAGUAGUAAGGGAACGUAGCAUUCUCUCUUGCUGCUGUUUGUGCUUUGAAUAAUUCACUCAGUGCAGCACACCGUAUACUCGAGGUUUGUGCCUUGAUGAACCACCGACCUGCCCUCUCUUCAGUUGAAACAGCUCUGAACUGCAGUUUCUUCAAAUUUUGGCUAUCUCUACCCUCCCCCUCUCCCCUUUCUUAGCUUCACUGCAGCUUGGUUUUGGCUGCAGGCAUCCUUGCUGAGCCUUGGUCCAAGCAAGAUCUGAGAUCGAUCAGCCCUGCAACGUCGUUCGUUCAACUUCUCUGAAUGUCAAUGAUCCAGCAUCAAACUGAGUGACACGUAUGAGGGAGACUCAGUUUCCCCUGCAGAGUCUAUUAUAAAUUGAAAUAACCUCAAUUUCCCCUACAAAGCCAUUUUGCACAAAGCGGUGGGCAGUUUGGUUGAGUUUGGGCACCACCCAGCUUUCUUUGAUCAGUGCUGAAGUUGUUGCCGUCGAGUUAUUGUCGUGCUUCUGAUUCGAAUCACAACAUAGAACGCCGUUUAAUAUGCUUUCAGCUUGCUUUCGAAGAGCUUUUUGGAGAAGAAGCAGAAUUAUUGGCUUAUUGUUAACAACGAAUGUGAAACUAGCAGAAGGAUUGCCGGCUUCUCAUGAUGUCAUUAUCACGGACUUCGUGUGGUGCUCUCAGAGCUCUAUCAAGAACUAGGUCGUCUCGUGCUGGGCUGCCAAUUGCUGAAUCUUUAAUCCUGACCAGUCCCUCCAACAUUCCUGUUGUCGGGAGUGCUUUGCCUCAUACGGAAAUAUGCUCACUGGUUUUUCAUGAUAACCAGACUGUGGACCAGCACCAUCAACCUUGGCCGCGAGGACAUUCGGUUGCUAUCAUUGCGCUCAAGUACCUUGUCAACUAUCACUAGCUUGGAAACAAUUAUUUCUGCAAUACAUCAAUUAUCCAUCCUUUCACCAUACACAGGGGCUUUUCAGAUCCUUGGCUUGCUUGAAAAGAUUGGAUAUCACCGGCGCAUUUCAACUCUGAGUAAGCUGUCGGACCGCUGGAAACCCGAGACGUUGCAUACUGUUUGUUUUCUUUUCGAGGACUACUGUCUCUUUAGAAACUUCUGACGAGAUAGUCUGGACCUGACGUAAUCAUAAAUAUUCACCACUCUUCUAGGUUGGCGUAUCUGCCCCACUUUUGUCGUCUCCAUCAAAUUCAUUGCCGAACCCUACAUAGAAUAGAUGAGCCUUAUGUUGUGAAGAAUCUCAGGGCGUUGUCAUCCCUAAGAGUUGUCUCUCUACCUCUCUAGCUCGCAACCUCAUCCGGCUCCUCUGACCUUCACAUGUCCGUAGCUUCCUAGACACUGCAACAUCCUGCACGGCCGAAGCAUCAGAUUCAUGUAACGAAGACUUUGCCGUGCAUUUUGAAUGGGUUCAAAUUAUCAUUACUAUACCAAGCUAUUGCUGCCUGGACGCGAAAACGAUACGGACUUCUCCGCCGGAAGCAAUGGCAAUUGUGAGUGUGAUGACUCUUCGCAAAGGUCCCGCCAAUACCUUCACCUUGACCAACGACUCAUCCUCAAGACAGUGUUUCCUGGUGGAUUGAGUGAUAAUAGCCCUGAAUACGAUGAUGAUGAAGGGGCAAAUCAGAAGCUAAGAUUUACCAUGGCGCAGUUGAGACAUCUCGAAGAUGCUUUCGCGAGACUGCAACGGCCAAACGCUCAUCAGAAGGCCGCAUUGGCGACGGAGCUGGGAAUUCAACCACGGCAAGUGGAGGUGUGGUUUCAAAACCGCAGAGCAAGAGGGAAAGCCAAACGAACGGAAACUAAUUGUGAAGUUCUCCGACAACGCUGUCAUGACCUCAUUGUGGAAAACCAGCAGCUCAACUAUCUCAUUCAGACGGAAAGUGUGGGCCUCGAUAGUCACGACCUCAUGGGAAACGGCGAGUCUCCCUUGCAGCUGCAACUGGCACUGUGCAACUCUUGCAAGAAAGCCCCCAGCUGAUCGAAAUCAGCAAACUACGCACAAUAUCCAAGACCCGCUCUCUGAUCGAUCCUCCGCACCCCCACUCCAGCAAUACUACAGUACCCUAAUGGACACAAUCCGCCAUCAGUUACCUGCAAGACAUCCAACCUGAACUUCCUAAAUGACAUCGCAACAUCAGUGCGGCUUAAUGACUCCCACGACGAUUAUUUCUACCCAUUCAAUCAGUUGCAGGUCGAUUCAGCUGCUAUGACGAACGAGUGACCGUCAUCAGCUCCGGAUCCCGGAUCACCACGAAUCAGUUCUGGUCGAAAGUCGCUACUGAUUUGUGGACCUCGGAAAUGGGAUUUCACACAGUGACCGAUGAUUGAUACACCGCAAACAGGACUCCCCCACGCUCCGGAACGAAACAGCAAUCUCAUGUUGUUGUGCUUCAGAUUUGUUCUGCCCCUGAUUCCUGAAAACUUUUAAAAAGCUGCAUUUCACCUCAUAACUGAAAUUUUCUUAUGCUGUUGGCUUUGUAAUGAAGAUAGCAUUGCAGUGCUCUGUAGAAGUAAAAGGGAAUAUCAAGCACACCACAUGAAACCUGUUUCGUAUCAGUGGCUUGUUUUGGUCUACUGUGUGGUGUUCGAAUGAACUGUACAACUUCUAGUUGCUCCA